AUGGUCAUCACAGGAGUGGAUGUGCCUCGCUGCGGCACCUUGUUUGCUGAGGGGGGGGGGGGGGCGAACAAGGGGAUGAACGGUGAAGGGUCAAGCCGAAGGGGUGGAAAACCAAUGGUGCAGGAGUUCAUGGGGAAGAGGUGGGGAAGGGAAGAGGGAUGGCGGAAGAGGUGGGGAAGCGAAGAGGAGUGGGAGGGGGAGAGAGAGAGAUCCAUGG